CAAGCGAGAAAAUCCAUUCAGUAAUGGCAAGCGAGCUGGCUAACUUUAGCGAGCAAGAAAGGACCAUGGAAUUUCGAGACCUAGCGCUCACGUUAAAUCAGAUUUAUUUUUUUAAAAGAGUGAAAGGCUAACGACUCUAGAUACCACAGUCACAGUACCGGUGUUUAACCGUUGGUUGGUGUUUUACGGCAUUGCAUCGACAUAAGGGUUUAUAGGUAAAUUAGUCAGUUUAGCGCCCGCGAUUGAAACACCCUGUUGGAAUAUACAUACGAUUCACAAUCUGUGAUAGACAUGUCAUCCUGCCAUGCGAUUACCAUAACUGGCUUUAUAUCAGAUUUACACGUCAGUUUGGGUUCAGUGACACCCAGUGAUGGAAAACAUAAUGAGCACAUCGUGUUGAAACGUGCCUUUGCAUGCUAUUAAUUCCAGCGUUUAAUAAGCCAAGGGCACGUCGUAAUGCAAUUUCUGAUUCGUGACGUUUAAAAAUGCCAGGGAUGACUUUUCCAGGCGUGGGCCAUGUCUGCGGCGGGGGGUUGCACAAUUUGAACUUCCCUCCUAGUCCUAAUGAGGGUUUUGUAAUAACGCGGAAAGGAAAUGAGACUUGACCGUCUUUGGCAGCAGGAUUAAGGCAUGUGACAUUUAUGUGGUAGUGCACGGUCCGUCGCCGGCUCACAUGCCACAGUGCUGCUAUUGUGGUUCAGUCAGUGGCAGGGGGAGGCAGCUGACUGGAAGUUCCUACCGCAGCUCACACAGAAGUACAGAAGCUGAAACCAUAAUCUUGCUGACCGAACAAAGCAACGUAGGGAGGGAAAAAAACAGUCUCUCACCCUCACCGGAAGUCUACGCUACUCAAAAUGGACGAGGCCGCCCUGACCAUCAACAAUGAGCUGCAAAGUGGGAUAGUUGUGUCCUGGUUGUCUGAUCAUUGCUAUCAGUGCCUGUUCCAGCCCCUGGGCGUGGUACCAGCAGCCCAGGAGCCUGGGCUGACCAACUCCACAGACGUCACCGUGGGAACGCAGCAUCCCCUGACCCUGCAGGUCAACGGCUCCCAGGUGAACCACGAGCUGUGCAGAAUCCACUUCCACUUUGGAGAGCAUGGUAACUACUCCCUGUGGGUGAGGGAUGUGAACGACUCAGUGGUCAACUGCUCCAUGGUGACAGACAGGGAACCUGUCAACAGCUACCUGCCCAUCCUGGUUGCGUUCCUGGUAUAUGCUGGAUUAUCUAUUCUGGUGGCCAUCGGAAGCGCCGUGAUGAGGCUCAAUGUCGUAAGGAAUCUCCUGUUUCGACUGGGAAACACCGUGGAAACGGAGAGACUCAUAAACUCGGAGCUGGGCUCUCCCAACAGAACUUUGGAGUCCUCGUCUGAUUCGCCAAUACCGCCGACCGCCACCAGCAGCAGGCUGCGCUCAUUGGACACCUUCCGUGGCCUCUCGCUGGUGAUCAUGGUGUUUGUGAACUACGGUGGCGGGAGGUACUGGUUCUUCAGACAUGAAAGCUGGAACGGGCUCACGGUGGCCGAUUUGGUCUUUCCCUGGUUCGUCUUCAUCAUGGGCACCUCCAUCUCCCUGUCGGUGAGUGGAGCCCUCCACCGGGGGUCCUCACGCAGACGGCUCUUCGGGAAGGUCUUCUGGAGGAGCCUGCAGCUCUUCCUCAUCGGAGUGCUCGUCAUCAACCCCAACUACUGCCAGGGACCCUUGUCCUGGGACUCUCUGCGGAUUCCUGGGGUUCUGCAGCGCCUGGGCUUCACCUACCUGUGUGUGGCAUCUCUGGACCUUUUGGUGGCCAAGACCAGACUGGACAACAUCCCCACAGAUGCAUGGUGGUACUCGGGGCGGGACUUCCUGUUGUACUGGCCUGCCUGGAUCUGCGUUAUCGUCAUGGAAACAUUGUGGCUAUGUCUGACCUUCGCGCUUCCGGUCCCGGGCUGCCCGACUGGAUAUUUGGGUCCGGGAGGGAUAGGAGACUUUGGACAGUACCCGAAUUGCACCGGCGGAGCUGCUGGCUUCAUCGACCGCUGGCUCCUGGGGUCGAGCCAUAUCUAUCAGAACCCGUCGUCGAGGGUCCUCUACCAGUCCAGAGUGCCGUAUGACCCAGAGGGGGUGCUCGGAAGCAUCAGCUCUGUCAUCAUGGCGUUCUUAGGGCUCCAGGCUGGAAAGAUUAUUUUGCACUAUAAGGACCUUCACUCAACAAUCAUGACCAGGUUUCUCAUGUGGGGUUUUGCAUUGGGAAUCAUAUCUGCCAUUCUGACCAGGUGCUCGAAAGACCAAGGAUUCAUCCCCAUCAAUAAGAACUUAUGGUCCCUGUCCUACGUCACCACCCUCAGCUGCUUCGCCUUCGUGGCCCUCUGCCUCAUCUACUACGCGGUGGACGUGAAGAGGUGGUGGUCUGGCGCUCCAUUCUUCUACCCUGGAAUGAAUUCCAUCCUGGUCUACGUCGGCCAUGAGGUUUUCGAAGAGUACUUCCCCUUCAGGUGGAGAAUGAUCAACAGCCAAUCACACGGCGAGCAUCUGGCCCAAAACCUGGUGGCCACGUCCGUAUGGGUGCUCAUCGCCUACAUGCUGUACAGGAAGAAGAUCUUCUGGAAGAUCUAGCCGCCCGCACUGGAGAGAGGCCUGAAUGACCCACCUGACGGGUUCCUGGGAAACCAGGUGCACACCUGCCAACGUCUAACUCAACCUCACAGGAGGGCCCAUCAACCAGGGCCAAACAUUCAGGAUAUACUUAGGACUGGGGAACCGGGGGGGGAGGGGGGGUGCGUUCUGGAAUAUUACUGCAUACAGUCCUGUAACAGUAUCUCAGUGCUGCCAAACUGUCCUACAUCUAAAUGCCACAGGGAUUUGUGUGUGUGUGUGUGUGUGUGUGUGUGUGUGUGUGUGUGUGUGUGUGUGUGUGUGUGUGUGUGUGUGUGUGUGUGUGUGUGUGUGUGUGUGUGUGUGUGUGUGUGCGUGCGUGCGUUUGUGUGCGUUUGUGUGUGUGUGUGCGUGUGCGUUUGUGUGUGUGCUGCUCUAAAAAGGUUUACUCAUGUAUUAGGGUCACCUCAAAGGCUCGGCUCGAGCGAGUUGCUAUUGGUUCAUUAUACUCCAUGGUGCUUUACACUUUCUUUUGGUUUUAAGGGUCUGCUGCGCUUAAAUUAACUGGCUUUGGGAAAAGGGCCGUCAGCCAGGAGCCAAAUCGCGCUAUGCUAACACCUUACUUUUUCCUCAGCCAUUGAAAAAGUAUUACUUUAGAUGCUGGAAUUAAAAGUACACUGGCAAAAGUCUAAGUUCCAUGAUAGUUAAGAUAUUGAUUUUAGACAUUCAUGAAAAGUUUGACCAGCAGAGCAAAACAGUUAAAUGUUCUCUUUUCAGAGCUAUGUUCUGUUUGCUCCCUGGGCACUACACAUUUGGAGGUUUCCAUGGGUACGGGAGCUAUAUGUAGACAAGAGAGGUCCUGAUCUUGAAACUCACAAUUUUCCCAACCUGAUGAGCAGGAGGGGGAGGUAUGGGUGCCCUGUAUCCUGUACCCUGUACCCAAGUCUGGACAUCAGCGCUCCUUCUCAUUUUAAAUGUGUUCCAAGUCUUCUUCAAACCAGGCGUCAUUCCUUCCAAACUCCACAUACAAGAGACAAAAACGUGGAUUGAAAAAUUCAAGUUAAUGUUGUGAUUUGUGCACACAAAUAUUUAUAUUUAAAAGAAACAAAAUGGAGAUAGUUUAAACGGCUGCUGUUGUAUGCAUUCACAGAUAUGAAUGAAAUUGGUUACUCUUUUAUAUCAUGUUAAUGUAAAUAGUUUAUCAUUUUAGUACAAUUGUAAGUGUUCUUUAAUUGAUUAUUAUUGCUGCAUUUUCAUUUCUCUCGAAGUUUUGUAAAUUGUAUGUUUUUUGAAAAAUAAACAUUUUAUGUCACUAUUUUCUUUAAUAAAAUAUUUCAUUAUCAAAA